GUUCCUUCUGACAAAGCAAGUGCCAGUGGAACAGAGGCUUGCCAACCUCUCCACUGUACUGCACUUGGCUGCAGCGAGCCUGCCGGAAAGCAUCGAGGUGCUGAUGAGGGCCGGUGCCAAUCCACUGGCGGUGGACUUCAAGAAUCGAUCUGCUCUGCACUUCGCCAGUAGUGCCAAUUCAGUACAGGUGCUGCUGCAUUUCAACGUGUCUUCCACAAGGAGCGCAGCAUUCGGCCUGACUCCCUUGCACAAGGCAGCUGCAGAGGGCAACACCAACGUACUCGAAGCACUUCUUGCCGCCAGAGCUUCCGAGGUGGACGAAGUCGACUUCACUGGAAACGCCGGACUCCACUUUGCGGUGUCCAGCGGGGCUGCCUCGACCGUC